GGCAGGAAGGGUUUUUAUUUCCACUACUGGGCCUUGUUUGACGGCCAUGCGGGCAGCGGUGCUGCUGUCAUGGCAUCCAAGAGGCUCCACCUGCACAUCUGUGAGCAGCUCCGGGACCUCGUGGACAUCCUGCAGGACCCUGCUCCGCCUCCCAUCUGCCUCCUGCACGAUGUGAGGACCAGCCCUGUGGAGCCGAGCCGGGUGCCCCUUGCAGAGGACGUUGGGGAGGUCCCCAAUGAUGCUGUGCCACGGUUUCACCUGGAGAAAGCUGUCUCUCAUGAGAGCCUGGUGAUCGGCGCCAUCGAGAACGCCUUUAAGCACAUGGACGACCAGAUCGAGCGGGAGCGAGCGUCCCAGCACCUGUCUGGGGGCUGCUGCGCCCUGGCUGCCGUCUACCUCAUGGGCAAGUUCUACGUGGCCAAUGCCGGCGACAGCAGGGCCAUUAUCAUCCGUAAUGGGGAAAUCAUUCCAAUGUCCAGGGAGUUUACUCCAGAGACAGAGAGGCAGAGGCUGCAGUUUUUAGCGUUCCUGAGGCCCGAGCUGCUGGGCAAGGAGUUCACCCACCUCGAGUUCCCCCGCAGGAUCCAGCCCAAGGAGCUGGGGAAGAAGAUGCUGUACAGAGACCAAAACAUGAACGGCUGGUAA